GACAAGGUUUUAUAUAAACAACGGUAUGCAUCGUAACUCGAAAAAGAGAAAAUGUUCUUCAUUAAGUCAGUGCUGUUAUUAUGUAUUUUCUGCUACGUUAGAGCAGAACAUUUGACAUUCAAAAAUGUGACAAUUCACGGGUACAGUGCUUUCACCCACAAAUUCAAAAAAGUGAUCGUCUCGUCGAAUUACCUCAAAGAUGAACUUCCAAGAAGUGUCUUCGACGCCGUCGAAAUCAGACACCAAGAUAUACCUGUUCUAUAUGAAAAUUGCAUAAGUGAUAUCAGUGCUCUGGAUGAAUUGAUACUUGAAGAGAAUAAUAUACAAGACAUUGAACCAGGAGCAUUCAAAAACUUAUCGCAGAUUCGUGUAAUAAAACUGAAGAAGAACCAACUCAAAACAAUCACGGAAGGUAUAUUCAAUAAUCUCCCUGUUAGUGACCUCGACCUUAGUCAAAAUGAAAUUUCUGUUAUCGAAGAUAAGGCGUUGGACAAUAUGCCGAAUUUGUUAAACAUCAGAUUAACCUUCAAUAAAAUAACCACUUGGAAUAGCAAUUGGUUUAAAGCUACUCCACUUCUUACACGUUUAUCAUUUCAACAUAAUCUAAUAAAAGAACUACCAUCAGAUGCAUUCUCAAACAUGGCAGGCACUAAAACUUUCGGCAAGAUACCUUUGACCUUGAACUUGAUAUUCAGUUACAACAAAAUAAGUAGAGUGGACCCUCACACCUUCAGGGGUUUGAAUAAAAUCAACAAUCUCUGGUUGGACAAUAAUCUUCUAGAAGAUUUCCCUCCAAAAAUGCUGAACAAGGUUUCAGUACACGAGUUGCGAAUAAGCAGCAACAAAUUGAAGUGUAUAGAUGACAAAGAAUCCCUCUUGAAAGCGGAAAUAAACGAUAUCGAUGCAAAUCCCUUCGAUUGUGAUUGCUUGUCUGAUAUUAAGAACUGGGCCGAAAAAAAUAAUAAAUCAGUUUCUAUGUUUUAUGCCGAUAUGAAUUGUUACGCUGGAAGAUUGGAAGGAAAAAUGAGGGAUAUAGAAAAAUUGUUGAAAGAAAUGAAAGGAAAUCGGGAGAACAAAAAAGAAGAAAGCACUACAAGUUCAACCGAGUAAAUUUAUUUUUAUUUGAUAUGUUAUAAAAUGAAAAAGUUACUGAUAAGUGUAAGAAUUUUGUAGUUAUAACGGUUACUUUAUUCGUUCAAACUUAAAUGUGAAUAUUUUUUUCGAUGUUGUUCAAUCAGAAAAAUAUUUAAAAAAAAAUAACAACAAAGACUAUUUUCGUGAAUGAACGAACAACAUCACUAAGGUGCAUAAUGGUGUGCAUUAACCUAUAAUCUAAUAAUAUUGUAUGAAGUAAUCUUUAUUGUUAUUAUUAUAAACAAUAAUAAACAACAAAUAAUUUAAUAAA